UGAAGCCAAUGCACCUCCCAUCCUUCGCAUGGCACCCAAGAAGGAGAAAGUCACCUCCGUGAGCUCAAAUGCUAAGAUUUGGGAACCCUCGCUCAUAGCUGCACCCUGGAACCAGAACGAUUGGAAGGCCUCCAUCGCUUUUGUGGUUGGGAACCAGAUUGAGGAUGAGCUUCUCAUUCAAGCUCUCACCCUGGCUGUCCAAGUCCCUCAGCGCAGAUUCUUCAGCAUCGUGUCAUGGAAAGACAUCCUCCAGCAGAUCAAUGAAAUAUAUGCGAUUGUUUCAAGUGCUCCAGUCAAAAGGGGGAAAAAGUCCUCAAAUCUCAAUUUACCAUUAUAUUAUGAGGUGCUGGUGGCAGCAAAAACAAUCAUGGAGAGUGGAGAGAAACUAUCCUUACCACUGAUAGGGAAACUACUGAAAUUUCAGCUUCUCCAGAUUAAAAUAAGGGACCUGCAGAGACGGGAAAAUGAAAAGAAGGUGAGAGAAGAAGAAAGGGGAAAGUCAGAAAAGGAAAAAGGAAAAGCAAAGUCUCCCAAGGAGAAGAAGGUCCCCAGUGCCAAGCCUGUGAAAGGAAAGGGAAAGGACCAGCCUGAGGUUGCUGCAACAGUGAAGAAGACCACACAGUUAAAGCGGAGAGGGGAGGAAGAGGAAAUCAAAAGCUACAUUGACGAUGAGCCAGAUGAUGGUGCCCAACAUUACUUUAUUGUUGUGGGCCUCAAUAAUCCUCAGCUAUUAGCCAUUAUGACCGAGCUUGGCAUUCCUAUAAGCAGUGUGAUUAAAAUAUCUUCAGAGAAUUAUGAACCUCUGCGGGCACACCUGGCAUCAGUCAGAGAGCAGACUGAAGCUGUCCCUCAGCCAGAAGAUAUAGAAACUGAAAACCUGAAGAGGAAAAAUGCCGCUAAAGAACUUGAGAUUUUUUGGAAGUACUUGGAGCCAAUCCUGAAUAAUGAGAAACCUGAAACAAAUCUCUUUGAUACUGCUCGACUUCAGUACACAGUCAAAGCUGCAUAUUUUCCUUCUGACUGGUCAGACAACGAGAUGAUGCUUGAGUUGGGCACUGAGAUCUUUGAAAACAUUGCCUGUUUGAUGUACGAUAACCUGGAUUGGAAGAGGCAGUAUCAGCACUAUUUGGAGAGCAUGCAGCUCAUCAAUGUCCCACAAGUGGUUAGUGAAAAAGCCAUGCUAGAAGCAAUGCAAAUUUCAGAGCCUCCACCACCAACCGCUCCAGUCCCUGGAAAGAAGAAAGCACAAUAUGAACACACACAACGAUCAGGCACGUUGACUUUCCUCAUCACAACUGAAGUAGACAUGAGAUAUUACAAUGACUUGCUGAAUCCAAUUCCAGAGGAGUUUAUUUCUGUGCCCCUGAUACUGCAUUGUAUGCUGGAACAGGUUGUAGCCACUGAAGAGGAUCUCACCCCACCGAGUUUGGUGGAGCCACCCCCGAGAGCAGAUGGGUUAGACUACAGAAUUGCAGCUCAUAUUGUGUCAAUCCUGCCUUCCCUCUGCCUCUCUGAGAAGGAAAAGAAGAAUCUCCAGGAGAUAUUCUUAAGUGAAGGAGAAAGUGAACCCAAACCGGAGCCCAAAGGCCCGCUCCUCGUGAACUACCAUGACACACAUGGCCACAAGAAGCAUGCGCUGAAGGACCAAAAAAAUUUUGACGCAGUUCAAGUUGAACAGGAGAUGCAGUCCAAGCUGCCUCUGUGGGAAUUCCUUCAGUUCCCUCUGGCCCCUCCGUGGAAUAGCACCAAGCGGCUUGCCACCAUCCAUGAGCUCAUGCACUUCUGUACGAGCGAAGUGCUGAGCUGGAAUGAAGUAGAACGAGCCUUCAAGGUGUUUACUUUUGAGAGCCUGAAGCUCUCAGAGGUGGAUGAGGCAGGACAGCUCAAACCCGCCAAGGUGAUGAGUGAGACAGACACUGAGAAUUUCAACAUUCCUUGGGACAACCCUGCUAGGUUCGCGAAGCAGAUCAGGCAGCAGUACAUCCACAGGAUGAACGUGCAGGUCAAGACAGAUACUGAAAGCCGAGACAGAACACUAUUCAUGCACCCGAAUAUGGGCAAAGCUGAGGAAGACACAGAGAGAUAUGGAAAUCCCCCAAAUUCUGACACCAUGAGACACUUGGAUGCUGGUAACAGACAGGUGUCAGAGAAAGAGACCAAUAUGCCUACAUGGCCCCAUCUGGAGCCCUUGGAGCAGACCAUGGACAAUGAGAUCAAACAGGAAGCAGCCACAGAGGAAGAUUCUUUUGAAAAAAAACCCAAGAAGAUGAUGGUGGAAGCCGACCUAGAAGACAUAAAGAAAACACAGCAGCGCAGUUUAACAGACUGGAGCUUUACAGAACAUUUUCAGCCCAAAGUCCUCCUUCAGGCUCUCCAGGAGGCUCAUCAGCAAUACCGAUGUGUUGACUCUUACUACCACACGCAGGACAACUCUUUACUUCUGGUUUUUCAUAAUCCAAUGAACCUGCAUCGUCUGCAUCGAGAACAUUGGAAUGUUGCUCUUCACUCCAACAUCGGAUUCAGGAAUUAUUUGGAACUUGUUGCAAACUCUAUUCAAGACUGGAUCACAGAGGAAGAAGCAAAGUAUCAGGAAGCCAAAAUGGCCGAGGAGAUCAACAAGGCCAAGUUUGAUUUGGAACAUAAAUCUUCCUCUUCCAAAUUUUAUACCAAAACUGUUACCAUCAAAAAAUCUAAAAGUAACAAAGUGCUCAGCAAAAUAGAACAACCAGAUCCAGAAAAGGAGAAAGAGAAAGAGAAAGAAAAAGAGAAAGAGAAGAUCUCUUUCAUAUUAGAAGGCUCUCUCAAGGCAUGGAAGGAAGAACAAGAGAGGUUAGCUGAGGAGGAGCGCCUGAAAGAGGAAAAGAAAGCAGAGAAGAAGGGGAAAGAAGUUGUUAAAAAGAAAGGAAAGGAUAAGGCAGACAAAGAGGAUAAUAAGGCUUUGAAGAAAAAAUCUUCUUCCAAGGAGAAAGCUAAAGAAGAGCCAGUAAAGAUGCCGGAAGUGAUGGAGGAAGCCAUCCCGCUUCCGGAGCCCGAGAUAGUUUACCCGUUCCGAGGAUACAAUAUGGGAGACGUACCCAUCCAAAUCUCAGGGACAAAUUGUUAUCUGUAUCCUUCUGAUGGCGGGCAGAUUGAAGUAGAAAAGACCACGUAUGAACGAGGUUCAACUUUCAUCAAAGUGAAAGUACAAAAAGAUAAUCACAAUUUUAUAAUUCACCUAAAGGACCCAAAGGAAAUUGUGAAAAAGCAAAAGGAAGAGGAUCACUCAAAAGAAGUGGUGGAGAAGGAGGAGGAGGAGGAAGAUGAGGAGGAAGAGAAGGAAAAGACUCCAAAGAAUGUGGAAAUGGAAACAACAGAGGCAGGGAACGAAAUUGUCAGCAAGUUUGGAUCUUUUUCUGCCACUUUAGAAAAUGGCAUCUGCCUCUCAAUAAGUUACUACGGAUCAAAUGGAAUGGCGCCAGAGCUAAUAGAUCCCAAUUUGGACACAAUGAUGAAUAUCCCCUCAGCUCUGAGUCCAACAGUGGUUCCCACCAUUGUGACUAUUCCCCAGGGCAAAGCCAAACCAAAAGUAAAGGGCAAAGAGAAACACAGAGAAUCCCUUAAAGACGAGGAACAACAAAAAGAAGAAGAGAAGAAGAUUUAUUUACAGGAAGAACCAGAACCAGAGGUUUUACAGGAAACUCUUAAUGUUCCCACCUUCCAAAACCUAAACGUAUCUUGCCCCAAUGGGCUUGUGCUGACCUUCAUUGGGCAAGAAUCUAUAGAUCAUCCUGUUGUAGAUGAAGACCCCACCUGGGACCUCAUGAUCCGUCAGAGCUACCCCCAGAAGGUGAAGCACUAUGAGUUCUAUAAAGCAUUGAUGCCACCCAUGGAACAGGAAGCCUCAAGAGUCAUCACCAGCCAGGGCACCGUUGUCAAGCAUAUGCUGGAUGGCUCCACACAGAUUCUCUUUGCAGAUGGUACUGUAUGCAACAGUCCCGAUUCGGGUCCUGUUUACACGUCUCCUGAAAUUACCGGAAUCCCCCACAAUGGAGAUUUGGUAGACUUGGCUUCUCAGCCCAAAUCAGAAGCAGCACCAUCUGAGAUUGCCAUUACAAAGAAAGGAAAAGGUCAUAAGGCUCUAAUCGUGCAUAAGAGUGAAGCUCAUGAUGUUCUCCCAGAGGUGGUCCAAACAACUCCGAUGUCCUCCCCCACUGGCACCUGGUUUACAACAACACCCAAUGGAAAUAGGAUUGGCACCAAAGGACUAGAGAAAAUCACAGGCUUGAACCCACUUUUAAACUUCCAGGCUACAGAUCCCAUCAAUGGAACGGUAAUGAUUACUCGAGAAGAUAAGGUGAUCAUUGUCGAGAAGAAGGACGGAACCCGGAUCGUGGAUCAUGCCGACGGUACCAGAAUCACAACCUUUUAUCAGGUUUAUGAAGAUCAUAUUGUUCAUCCAAAUGAUGAAGAAACAACCGAAGGCUCAGGGACUGUCACAAGACAGGUGAAGUGUAUGCGGAUAGAGAGCACACACUAUGCCACAGUAAUCACCAACUGCGAGGACAGUAGCUGCUGUGCCACCUUCGGGGAUGGGACGUCCAUCAUCGCAAAGCCGCAGUGUUCGUACCAGGUGUUACCUCCAAACACAGGCUGCCUAUAUAUUGAUAGAGACUGUUCGGCAACAUACUGCCAUGAAUCAAGCAGUAAUAUCUACCACCCCUUCCAGAAGCGUGAGCAACUGAGAGCUAGCAGGUACAUCAUGAAGCACACCUCACAGGUGAUCUGUGAGGUCCUAGAUCCUGAGGGAAACACCUUUCAGGUCAUGUCUGAUGGCUCUGUAUCAACGACGUUACCUAAAAAGAAGUUGGAAGAUGACAUCAAUGUUCACACUGAGGGCUAUGAUAGCUUAUCAUCAGUUCACCUUGAAAAGAAUCACAUGCAAAUCUAUGGUGAACAUGUUCCCAGAUUUUUUGUUGUCUAUGCUGAUGGAUCAGGGGUGGAACUCCUCCGAGACAGUGACAUAGAAGAAUACUUAUCCUUGGCCUACGGAGAGUCAACGACCGUGGUUCUCCAGGAACCAGUACAGGAACAGCCAGGGGCCCUGAGCAUCACAGUCCUUCGCCCUUUCCAUGAAGACUCACUAUGGCUAAUGAAAAAGGAGUUAGACACCAUCAUUCCUCCAAAUCUCCAGUCAAGGUCAUGGGAAACGUUUCCUCCAGUUGAGAAAAAGACCCCAGGACCUCCAUUUGGUACUCAUAUUUGGAGGGGCCUCAGUAUCGGGUCUAAGAAUCUGACAAACAUCCCAGCUCCUAUUCUCAAAGGCCCCACGGUGCUACAGAUGCGUCAGUUCAUCCAACAUGAGGUCAUAAAGAAUGAGGUGAAACUGAAGCUGCAGAUUUCCCUUAAGGAUUACAUCAACCACAUUCUAAAGAAAGAAGAUGAGCUACAGGAAAUGACAGUCAAGGAUUCCAGAACAGAGGAGGAGAGAGGCAAUGCAGCAGACCUCCUCAAGCUGGUUAUGUCUUUCCCUAAGAUGGAAGAAACUACAAAAAGUCAUGUCACUGAAGUUGCAGCCCACCUAACAGAUUUAUUCAAGGAAUCUAUCCAUUCUAGCACAAAAUGUUUACCAGAAACGUUCACUAAAGAUUUCUUUGAAAAGAAGUGGAGGGAUACGACACCAGCAAGGAACUGGAAAGAAAAUCUUCAGCAACAGAGGAACACUCUUGAGAAAACACGAAAUUACCUGUCGUACAUUAAGACAAAAGAUGUGACACCUUAUUUUAGGUCUGAAUUGAGCCCAGUAUUAAAGACACAGUGUAAUUAUCUGGAGAAGCUUUCUAAAAACCUGCCUCCUUUUGGAAAGAAAAAGGAAGAAGCCACAGCUCAAACCACUGCUCCAGAUCAUCACAAAGAUUCCACAUUGAGUACGGACACAGAACAAGAAGCCUCAGAUACAGCUCCCCUUCCAAAACAGGAGGUUUCUGAGACUAUCAAGAAAUCUACUCUCCAAAACGAAACUGAAAAUGUAACCAAAUCUCCCAAGAAGUCUAAGGAGAACCCAAUUGAAAAUUUAACAAAACUUGCCAAGGGGUCUACUAGUCAAAGCCAAACUGAAAGUGCAACCAAAUAUACCAAGAAGUCUUUUAAUGAGAACCAAAUUGAAGAUUUAACAAAACUUGCCAAGGAGUCUACUAGUCAAAGCCAAAUUGAAAUUGUAACCAAAUUUACCAAGGAAUCUGCUAACCAAAACCAGACUGAAAAAUUGAAAAAAUCUACCAGGAGGUCUGUUGGCCAAAAACAAAUUGAAAGUUUAAAAAAAUCUACCAAGGAGUUAGCCAGCCAAAUUGAAAAUGUCUCCAGACCUCCUCCUGAAGAAACAGAUAUUUUUACAAUGAUCAAAAUUCCAACCCAGUCAUUGCUGCAGGAUGUCACUGGACAAGCAAGAAAAGAGAAAGUGAGGCUGCCCCAUUACCUGAUGGGCUCCAAGCCCAAGUCUCACCCUCUUGCCAAGGUGGAAGAUUCUGUUGGGGGGAAAGUGAAUACAUCUUCCAUUGCAUCUGCUGCGAUUUAUAACACGAAAGCAAGCCAUUUUGGGUUCCACCUCCUCCCACCGUCAGUGAAGUUCGGCGUGCUUAAAGAAGGACAUACCUACGCGACCACUGUGAAGCUAAAAAACAUUGGUGUGGACUUCUGCAGGUUUAAAGUGAAGCAGCCGCCACCCAGUACUGGACUGAAAGUGACAUAUAAACCUGGGCCCGUGGCUGCUGGUUUGCACGCAGAGCUAAAAUUAGAACUCUUUGCCAUGGCUGUUGGAGAAGAUGGUGCCAAGGGCUCAGCACACAUCUCCCACAAUAUUGAAAUCAUGACAGAGCAUGAUGUUCUGUUCUUACCUGUGGAAGCAACAGUUUUAACAAGCAAUAACUAUGACAAUCGACCAGAAGAUUUUCCGCAAGGAAAAGAGAAUCCCAUGGUCUACAGGACAUCCACAACCUCAUCUGCACUUGGGGUCCUCAUGUCUCGCAAGGCCACCCGUCAUUAGGAUCUGUAAGCAGUAAACGCUAGCUUGUCAACCACAGAUAUCUGGGGCUCAUGCCUCAGUGUUUCCCCCUGAUUUCUUACAGCCAAAACUGAAACCAUUUUCAGGAUUUACAUUUUAAUCGAUUGGUUUCAAACAUUUUGGACUCGGGACUCCUUUUACAACUGUACUGUUGGUUCCAGGGGCUUUAUUAACAUGAGUAAAAUGUAUAAAUACUUACCAAAGAAAAUUAGAA